GGUUAUUUGUAAUUGAUUUGUAGUUUCGAGGUACACUAGGUUAUUUAUAAUUGACUCGAAUUGAUUUUUCUGUGUAUUUUUUAGGGUUUUGAUGUUCAACAAGACAACAACUAACAACAACAGUCAACAGAUAUGCAGUCAUUCUAUAAAGGGCUCCGAUGUCAUCUCACAUCCUCAAAUGUCAGUAAAAUAAGUGGUCUUCGUGGAUUCAUUGCUUCUGUUGGCUCUCCUUUGAAAUCAGAAACCAAAUGUAGUUCCCCGUUGGAGUCCUCAGCAUAUCAUCGCCGCAGCUGUGCAUCGUCCACAUGCAGAAUCCAUGGAGUAGGGAUAUCCAAAUGGGGUGCAUUUGGGCCUGCUUUCACUACCAGGUCCAUGACAACAGAUGCUCAUCCCAGGGAACCGGUUUCUGGUUCCACCAAUGACAUAGCUCCUCCGCAUAUAAAAUUCAAGAGGCUUGAUAAAACAGCCAGACAUAUCAUGCAGAUUAUUGAUAAGGAACAAGUGCAGGCAGUGAAAGAGCACAGAGAUUUCCCUGAUAUACAACCUGGUGAUACCGUCCAGCUUAAAGUGGAAGUUCCAGAUAACAAACGACGAGUUCAAACUCUGAAAGGCACUGUUAUUGCAAGAAGGAAUGCCGGGCUACAUUCAACAUUUAGAAUAAGAAGGAUGUUAGCUGGUGUUGGAGUAGAAUCUGUUUACCCUCUAUACUCUCCAAACAUUAAGGAGAUGAAAGUGCUGAACAAGAAUAAAGCCAGGAGGGCCAAGCUUUACUAUCUCAGGGAUAGAAAGAAUGCACUCAAGAAACAGUAACCUAAUCAGAAGGUUUGAACAGUUUGAUUCUUCAAUUUAUCACAUCAGGCAACAAUAGCUUUUUGUAUGGUUUUUCUUGUUUCUUUCGUUCUUUUUCUCUCUGCCUUUAAAGAUCUUUUAGUAAACGUUGUUACAUUUUUGUUAAACUGUAUAUGGAUGUUGCUUUCCGCAACAGGGAACUUUUAGGGGCUGCUAUUUUUUGUAUUGGAUUAAAAAUUGACCUUUGGUAUC